AUGAGUCCUGCCACACAACCCUGCGCCCUUGCACGCUCAACACGGAGCUUCAACGGCGGCAGUGACGGCGGCACUGUGCUGGUUCACGGCGCGGGAUCCUUCGGGCACCACCCAGCGUCCGAGUACGGCGUGGCCCGCGGUAACCUGAGCGACCCACGCGUGCGACUGGGCUUCACACUAACCAGGUCCUCUGUAACUCGGCUGAACGGCCUGGUCACGGGGGAGCUUGUGGCGGCUGGUAUUACGGCAGUGGGCUUAUCGCCUCUGGGUCUCUACACCACCUGUGGCCGUCAGGUGCACAAUUCGGGAGCCGCUGCUGUGGCAGAUUGCUUGCGGGCAGGGCUGGUGCCCGUACUCCACGGGGACGCCGUACUGGACGAGCAGCUGGGUUGCACCAUUCUCAGCGGCGAUACGCUUGUUCGGGACCUGGCAGAACGGCUGAGACCGCAGUACGUCGUCUUCCUGACUAAUGUCACGGGUGUGUACGACAGGCCGCCGGAGGAGGAGGGCGCGCGCCUGCUGCGCCGCAUAGUCGUACGGAAAGAUGGUUCUUGGCGGGUUGCGGAGGCGGAUGGCGGCGGUGAAGUGGACGUCCGGAUGACUGCGGAUGCACACGACGUGACAGGCGGUAUCGCGCUCAAGGUGGAGGAGGCCGCACGAGUGGCCCGACUUGGGGUGCCGGUCAUCAUCGCGAAGGCGGGCAGUGAGGAUGGAGCCGCCGCAUGCAGGCUGGGGCCGCAAGUCGCGGACGGCACCGCCACGAGUUCGGCGGGUUUGGCGGCUUCAGCGGUUUCGGAGCCUGGGUCAAGGUUGGGCCCCUUGGCCAGCUGCUUGCGGGAUGGAGCGGAAGAAGAGGAAGGAGAGGAACAGAAGGUUGCUGGUGAGUGCGCAGCUGCGAGCCAGGGCCCACAGAGCGCCCGGACGUGGCGGGGGACGCUGGUGGUGCUCGAAGACGAUGAAUGCGAGGAUACAGGGGGUACUGCCCAGGUCCCCCGGGUUUUGUAG